UGCUCCACCACCCCGCCAAGUGCUGGGGGCCCGGCCCGCCUGUCACGCUCCAGCGGGGGACCCUCGGCUACGCAGCCAGCUGGCGCUCGCGUAGAUGGCGAGGAGCCCCCAAGGCCUCCUGAUGCUGCUGCUGCUGCACUACUUAAUGAUCGCCCUGGACUAUCAUAAGGCAAAUGGAUUUUCUGCAUCAAAAGACCACCAUCAAGAAGUUACAGUAAUAGAGUACCACGAGGCUAUUUUAGCUUGUAAAACCCCAAAGAAGACUACUUCAUCUAGAUUGGAGUGGAAGAAACUGGGACAGGGUGUCUCCUUGGUCUACUAUCAACAGGCUCUCCAAGGUGACUUUAAAGAUCGAGCUGAGAUGAUAGAUUUCAACAUACGAAUCAAAAACGUUACAAGAAAUGAUGCUGGAAAGUACCGCUGUGAAGUCAGCGCUCCAUCUGAGCAAGGCCAAAACCUGCAGGAAGACACAGUCACUCUAGAAGUCUUGGUGGCUCCCGCAGUUCCUUCAUGUGAAGUACCCACUUCUGUUCUGAGUGGAAGUGUUGUAGAGCUACGGUGUCAAGAUAAAGAAGGAAACCCAGCUCCUGAAUACACAUGGUUUAAAGAUGGCACCAGUUUGCUAGGAAAUCAAAAGCUUGGCAAACACAACAGCUCAUACACAAUGAAUACAAAAUCUGGAAUUCUGCAAUUUAACAUGAUUUCCAAGAUGGACAGUGGAGAAUAUUACUGCGAAGCCCGUAAUUCUGUCGGACACCGCAGGUGUCCUGGGAAAAGAAUGCAAGUAGAUGUUCUCAACAUAAGUGGCAUCAUAGCAGCUGUAGUAGUUGUGGCCUUCGUGAUUUCUGUAUGUGGCCUUAGUGUAUGCUAUGCUCAGAGAAAAGGCUACUUUUCAAAAGAAACUUCCUUCCAGAAGGGUAGUCCUGCAUCGAAAGCCACUCCAAUGAGCGAAAAUGAUUUCAAGCACACAAAAUCCUUUAUAAUUUAAAAGAAUUCCACUUUCAAGAUGCACCAAAACCACAGCUGUCACACAAGUUAUUAAAAUAUUAUAAAAAUCUGCUUUGUCUUACAUUUGCAAAGAGAUGGAUGAGGAGAUGACAUCAUAACUUUUAUGACCUCUAAUUCACCUGAAAUUGUUAUUUUAAGCAGAGUUCUUGCCAUCACCUAAAGUACAACCUGGUAUCUUGUGUCUGAACUAAAGAGAAGGGAAAUACCUGGUAAUAUUCAGUUUUGUGGAAUGCAAAUGAACGUCAAUGAAAGUCUAAGUUUAGAACUUCAAUAGAUCAUACUGACUGCGAAGCUAAUCCACGAGGAGAGUAUACACUGCAAGUGCUCUCCGUGCGAGAGUGGCUUAUGUGUUCAGGAAGUACUCUGAAGGAUGGAAACUCUGGUCUCAAAAUUCCCACCAGAACCUUCUUCUUACCUCCAAAUAACCCUUAUUCCCGUGGUCCCUUGUCUCUAAUAUAUCCAUCUGUACAGGAAGUCCAGGGCUGGGUCUUCCGCCCAAGGAUUUGUACUUUGUGUUUACUUUCACCUCGCAGAACCAAAAACAACACGAAUGGAGCUGCUUGCUGCUAUUUCCAUCUCCUGAGACUCCCUUGGAGAGCUCAGGGACCCGGACAUCAGAACGCACUACUGGAACCUACACAACUUCGGAGACACCUUUCUCGGCAUGAAUGGUGAUCUCCCAUCUAUCCCUAAAAACAAUUCUGCGCUGGGCUAGUCCCUCACUGCUGAAGAUAAGGGGUUGCCAAUCUGCUUCUAAUGGAAACAGGACAUGGGGGAGAGAAGCGUUUGCCCUAUAUAUAAAAUGUAAACAAAAGAGCUCAUUUUCACUCCCAGCUUGCUUGAUACAGCAAAGGCACAUGAGAAACCAUGGCUGAUGGUUUCUAAUGGGUCUAAUGUUUUCUGAACUGUUUAACCACAAAGGCCAGCGGCUGAUGUCAGAAUAUGAAAUUCCCAGGGCUCAACAGUAAAACCAGUCCUGUUUGGGACUGGUUUGCCCAUACUGAAAACAAAAUGUAACUAGGGAUGUCUAGUUCUAGGUAAUAGCAUGAGAAGGUCAUUUGUCAGCUUUAAACAUGGUUAAAUUGGCGUCAAAAGAGUUUGUUCUUUCUACCCAAAAAGCAAAGCAGAUUCUUGGGAUUCACUGAACAAACGGAGUAGGUUGUUACUGAGUCCCUGUAGUGAUCAGGUCACUGAGGAGUUGCCCCAGUACUGCCAUACUGCUCCCCUGUAACUGUGUGGCCUUCAAUCCUUCUCAGCAGACUCCUUCCUAAAGGUCUCACUUCUGUAAUAUGCUCUGCUCUCAAGGUCAGAGGCACACUUAGUGGAGCCAGCAAACUCUACAAACAACAACACAGUAGAUACUUUAACUCCCAUGCUUCCUGUUGCGACCACUCGUUUCUGUCACACAAUGAAAACAGGCAAGUAAGUGUGCCUCUGUUCCAAGAAAACACAACUCACAAAACCAGUGACAGGGGUGGGAUUUACCCACAGGGACAAUCUCCUCAUUCCUGGUAGCAAAUGACAAACAGACACCUGUGGUGUAUAAGAAAUCAGGGUAAAUGUUGCCUAUGCCCUGACUCUGAGACUUGCUUUGAUAGGAAGAAUGCUGUCCUUCUGCAGUGCCAAGUAGACAUACAAUCUCAAGGAUGCCUCUUCAGGCCACACACCACCAUCACAAGAUCAACUGCUUCAACUUCAAUGACACAAAGCCACAGUGUGAGAGGACAAUUAUGUAGUGCCUUAACUUCACUAAUAGAUGAAAAGCUUCCUGUCAACACACUGAAGCCUAGAUUCCAUUUAUGUGAUGUAAAAAUCUAACAAAGUCUGUGCCAAAUACCUAUUAUACAUUAUUAACUAAAAUACUGUACACAGCUAAGCAGAGAUCACUGAAUAAAGAAUACUUUCUUGUACACAAAGGCUGUAACUGCAAA